UGGAGCUCAGAUGGGUCCUCCUGCUUCUUUUAUUCUGGCAUCGGAAACACAUUUUUUUCUGUGUUCCAGGUAUUUGUGGCUCGAAUCUGUUGAUAAAUGGCACUGAAGGAGAAUCUGUGGAGCUGCCUUCAGCCCUGGGGAAUAUGACACGGAAUGACUUUUUCACAAUGCAGUGGUAUUUUAAUGACAGAAAUAUUGUAAAAAACACAGGUGGUAAAGACGAUGUAAAUCUUCAUAGCCAGUUCAGGGAGCGACUGCAGCUCAGCUCUGAUUUCAGUUUGACGAUCACAGGGCUGAUACUGCAGGACAGUGGUGUGUAUCAGCGUUCAGUGCUGAGGAAAGAUAGAGUGAAGAUUCCCGUACACACCGUCCACUUGCAGCUCUAUGAAAGUGUAAAAGCAGUAAAAAUCCAGCUAAACACCACUUGGCUGCCAGUGAAGCAAACCUGUGAGGUACAUGUGAUGUGCAGCUCAUCAGGUGACCAAAGUGCCUCCUACACCUGGAGGAAGGGGAACCAGACAGUGAGGGGCAGAGAGCUGCACUUCUCUCUCUCACCAGCAGAGGGGGGUGUUACUCUCACCUGUACUGUUCAUAAUGGUGUCAGUGAGAAGAGCACGAAUGACACUGUGAGGUGCACUUCUGCAGCCCCCCCUCCUGCUCUCUCACUGUGCCUUAUGAAGGCAGUACUGUUCUCUGUGGGACUGGUCAUCAUGGUAUCAGCUGUCCUCACCAUCCACCUUAGAGAGAGACUCUGCAGAGAAGGGGAGAAAGAGCGCAGGACCAAGAGGCAAAGUAGGAGAGAACAAAGGCAGGAGAUGAAAUGAGAGACUUUCCACCAAUGAACAGACUCUAGAUGCUCCAUGUUAAUGCUGAAAGUUAAAUGCACCAUGUGUGUCUGCAGGGGGUCAACCCUGGUCCUCAAUGCCUGCAGGGUUCAGCUGUUUUUUAUUUUGCACCGAAUUUUCUUUCCUCUUCUCAGACAGUCAUUUGUAAGACAAGUCCUAUCAUCUGGUCCUGAGGUGUA